UUCUUUGCCUUGGUUUUAUAGUUUUAUAAAAUAGUUGUUCUUGAUUCUAACUAGUUCAGUUUAUAAAAUGUUGUGAAGUGACUAUACAUUUCCUGCAAUAAAAACAAUCUAAGCCUAUUAACAUCAAGUAUCUGUGUCAGUUCACAGUGUCAGCUAUUUGAGCUAUUAUGCCUGUUAUAAAAAGGAUCAUCACAAGUACAGCAGGGUUCCAACCAGUUCUGGUUGAAUUUGAAAAUGGGAAGAUCCAACCUGGAGAAGAAAAAAAUUUGGAGUCUGGCAUUUAUGAAGAAAAGAAUGGAACAAAGAUUGUGGGCAUAACUACCAACAAAAUGCUUUACACAGGGCCCCUGAGGGAGGAUGACCUGUACAAUAAUUUUUUAUUGAUACAUAACAAGAAGAAAGAUAAGAUAGAGAUGGUUCAAAUUGACUGCUGCAUUGCUACACCCAAGCUUAACAAGCCAAGUAAUCUUAUUCAAAGCACACCUUUGUUGUCCAGAGAAAUGAAUGUAUCAGAGCUUCAGAAGCAAUUUGGUUCAAAAAAAUCAAAAAGAGUCACUGAGCAAAGAGAACGUCUCACCAUGAAUAUAGAGACAGUGAAAGAACAGUUAGAAAAAACGGUAACAGGCAUUAAACUGGAUGAAAGUGCAACAGAAGUGACAGAAAAUGACAGUAUCUAUCGCCCAAAAAUUAACAGAGAUGCAUCUACAAGGGAUGGCAUCUACAAUUUAGAGGAUCUAGUACCUGGAUACAUUUUGGAUACAUUAGCGCCUGAGGCAGGUCAAAUAAUGACUACUGGUAACAUGCAACCAUACAAUUUUGGUCCUUUUGUUUCCAAUAGUAUCAGCAGGAUUCUUAUGAAUGAUGCCUCAGAAGAAAUUCAAAUUCGUAGGAUAACCAUUUUCCUGUACAUAAAUUACCUCAUCAAAUUCAUGGCCACACCUAUGAAAAAUAUAACAAAAAAAUUCAUUGUUUGUGAUAAGUCGCCUGAUGUGAACUCCCAUAUCUUGGAUACUUUUUCUGUGAACAGCCAAAAUUCAAGGACUCGUCCUCUUCAUAUGAAAGACAAAGCUGUUUGCUAUACGCUGGUCCUGGCAGCGAUAGCGAUGGAAUAUGAAGUCAAUGUGGAACAGCUGUCAAAGGAUUUGAAAAUCGGAGUAAAGAAAACACUAGAGGUGUCUCGCAUUUUGGCAUUCAACGCCUCCAAGGACAAACACAUUGUUCAGCUGAAGCUACCUCUACCUGCACCUGUCACUUUCAGUUCUAAAAGAAAGAGGCUUUAGAAGGAGUGUCUUCUAUAAUCUCUAGGUUUGCAAUUAAAGUACCACUAGUGUGAAGAAUGAUUUACAUUAAAAUAAGUUUAAGAACAA